ACCUACCGUACCGUAUGAUUCGCACUGGUAACAGUAAUGGCACGGUAUUAUUACGUGAGAGGACGCUGUAGUGACGGAUCGUGGCAUCAUCGAUGAUGUGAAUAGUAUCUUAAAGAAAAAAACGCCGCUACAACGCAAUGUCGUUCGUUUUAUCAAUUGUCGCUAAAGAUUUACAYAAUGAGUGAUGCAGCAAAAGCUUUCAUUACUUUUCUUCGAUGCGAAGCAAAACAGGCCGAAGACAGAGCUCAGAGCUUGCGAACUACGGCGGCUAUUAUCGAAGCGAACAGUCUCGAAGGUGAGCAUCGAAUUUGCUGCGCUGGAACGGAUUCCGGGGCAGGUUCUGACCGUUGAUGUGGCAUGUCGUGACUCUUGGACCCAUUUUGUCAGCUUAGGAGAGAACCGAAACUCACGCAUGGUUGGUUUCCAUCGGAUUUUUCUUUUUUCAUGGAUUGUACGUAGCACAACGAAAACACUCCAAAACGAGGAAGCGUUCCCGCACMCCCGAUUCGAAAGCCCAGUGUUCGGGAUACUCACUAUUUUUUCAAGGUACGGUGCAGUUAUGGAAUAGAAUCAAAAUUGCGAGGGAAUUCUCAAGCCCUUCAACAGAGGGUUGGUUUUAACGGGGGGUUCGUUGUUGCCUUGUCCAUGCACCGCUGUGACUCUGACCAGCUUGCAAAUGUACGUAUCCACUGACUAAUGCUUGGCCAGAACACCAUGAAUCGGCGAAGAAAAGYAAAAACGCAAACGAAUCAAUCGACGAGGUUUUGAAAGAUCGAUGGGAAAAUCUUUCCGACGGAAAGAAACGAGCCUGGGAGUCCCGAGCAGAGGAUGAGCAGGUAUCGCAGUGUCGACAAAAUUGCAAAAAAAUCCAYCUCAAUGAAAGYGAGGAUGGGGAUGAGGAUCCAAAGAAGUCGAUAUCAUAGUCUGGAACAACAAACAAACGAACGUGUG